AUGCUUUUAAUCUACUGGUUAUUUUUAUUUUUUGGACAAACGUUUGCCCAUAGCACACAAACAAAUACGAAUCAAAAAGACAACGAUGAGCAUGUCACGUAUAUUAUGGAUACUAAUCAAUUCUAUAAUUUUACGAACAUCCCAAACUCGUACACUGUGGUCAAGUUCUAUACUACAUGGUGUUCACAUUGUAAAACUUUGAAACCUGUGUUUCAAGAUGUUGCUUCAAAAUUCCACUCUGAAGUUUCGCCACCAAAGGUUAAUUUUAUUGAGGUAAAUUGUGAAGUAUUUGGUAACAAUUUAUGUUCAUCGUUGCCUGGAUUUCCUAUCAUACAUGUCAUCAAACCUAGUGAUGAUACUAUAAACGCUAACGAUAAUACAGAGAACCAAAAUGAUAUUUUAAAGAACGAAUCUGUAUGGAACAGAUUACUAAAUAAAAUAUGGACAACGAAGGCAAGUCCUAAUACAUUUAUUGAACCUGCAAGGAUUGUACAGUUCCAAGGUAGAAGAGACGCUUCCACUAUUGAAAAUUUUAUAAGAACUAUAAUCACCAAGGAUAAUGAGCUCGCUAUUAUCAAGACAGUACUCGAUCCCUCAGCUGAUUGUGAUGCAAUGAACGAACUUUGCCUACUGGGUAAGAACUACCUAGAAGAAUUGCAAAAAAACAAAAUCUUAAAGAAAACUCUUCAAGGCUACGAAUUGGUUAGCAGCAGCAACAUCGAUGCCGAAAGAUCCAAAUUAAGCAAUAUUCUAAGAAAUAUCAACCUUGAUGCCGAUAGUAAUGAUGAUGCAGAGACUAUCUCAAAAGUGAAAAAUUUGAAGUUUCUGUCUGCGUUACUGAACCAUUUAGAAGAUUCCAUGGUGAACCAAACUCGCGAUGAGUUGUAG